CUUUUCCAGGACUGCUCAGACAGAGAGGUACUUGUAGGUCUCUGCAUCCACACAGCAUGGAGAACACAGGAAAUGAAACUACUGGGAUGACUUUUGGAACUUUUUCCGCUUCAACUGACCCAACCGACUACGUCUAUGAUUCGGGUCCGACCUUCGAGUCGGGCCUCUGUGAAAAAAGCUGGGUGAGGGAGUUGCGCGGCCAGUACGAAGCGCCCAUCUUCUCCGUCAUCUUCAUCCUGGGCGCGCUGGGCAACAUCCUGGUGGUUCUGAUCUACACGACUGUGCGCAACCGCCUGAAAACGAUGACCGACAUGUACCUGCUGCACCUGGCCCUGGCCGAUCUGCUCUUCCUGUGCACGCUCCCCUUCUGGGCCGUGGACACCGUCAAGGGCUGGGACUUCGGCGUCGCCUUCUGCAAAAUAGUCUCGGCCGUCUACAAGAUCAACUUCUUCAGCAGCAUGUUGCUGCUCACCUGCAUCAGCGUGGACCGAUACAUCGCAAUCGUACAAGUCAUAAAAGCGCAGAAUUUUAAGAAGCAGAGGCUGUUCUACAGCAAGCUAGCCUGCCUCACGGUGUGGAUCGUCUCUGCUCUCCUUGCUCUUCCCGAUUUUAUCUUUGCCCAGGUGAACGCUGGAAAAUUCUGCGCUCUUGUCUACAACGAGAGCACAAACAACCAGACCAAGAUUUUUGUGCUGUCCUUGCAGAUUUGCAUGGGCUUUUGCCUUCCGCUUCUCAUCAUGAUCUUUUGUUACUCCGUCAUCAUUCACACCCUCCUGCAGGCCAAAAGCUUCGAGAAGCACAAGGCCCUGCGCGUCAUCUUCGCCGUGGUGUUUGUGUUCAUCCUCUCUCAGCUGCCCCACAAUGCCCUGCUGAUCGUGGAAGCGAACCAGGCUGUUCACACCACUAUCACCGACUGUGGAGUUUCAGGCGCAGUCGACGUGGCCGGACAGUUCGCCAAGACCCUGGCGUACACUCACGCCUGCGUCAACCCGCUCCUGUACGCCUUCAUCGGCGUCCGCUUCAGGCAGGACCUCCUGAGGAUCGCCAGGAUUUGUAGCGGUUGCCUGGGCGCAGGAGGACUCAGCAAAUCACAAGCAGUCCCCAAACGUCCCUCCAUCAUGUCAGACACUGACACCACCCCGGCCCUUUCCAUAUAAAUAUGGUCGUUUACCUCAAGUCUUAAACCUGACACCUGAACCUUUCGUUUAUUUGGUUCCCCAGCAUUACCUUCUAUCAACAGAGCAUUUCAACAGGUGAAGGAAUCAAACGUGGCAGCAGUGUGCAAUCAGAUUCUGACUGGUACAUGUGCAUUCUACUUCUUGGACUACUUUAAAAACUGUAACAUAGUGUAUAUACUAUUGUUUUUUUUCUCUGUGUGUAUUAGUUUCAGUAUAUUUCUAUCAUAUAACUGUAGUUUGCUGCUGUAGUUGGUUUUUUUUAAAUAAAAACUGUGUUUUGGAUUUUUUUUUCCAGACAGAAAUCUUAAUAAAAAAAAACCCUAAAACCCAUA